AUGAAGUGUUUUAAUGAUUCAUUGUGGAAUAAAUAUUUAAAAAUAAAUUUCAUAAUUCGUUAUUUAAAUAAAACAAAUUCAAAUUUUUAUCUAUUUAACAAAUUAAUUAAUGAAAUAAAAAAAGAAAUUAAAUUUAAUAACUGUUUUUUAUUGAAUAAAACAAACAUUAUUCUAUCGAAUAAUUUAUCAGCAAACUCUAAAUUUGAUAAAUUAAUAUUAUUUAAUGCAACGAAUUCAUUAAGUAUAAUUAUUGAUAUUGAUUAUUUAUCAAUAAAUAAAUUUAUUUACAAUAUUAUUCUUCCAAUGUUUCUAUUUAAUAAAUAUAAAUAUAUAUUGAAAAAUAAAAUUGAUUAUACAUUUUUACUACGACACCAACAUCCAUCUGAACAAAUUGAUUUGUUUAAAGGAUCAUUUCCUUUAUUUAUUUUCAUAAAAAUAUUUUUUGAUAAAAUUGCAUUAAAUUUAAUAUUAAAUGAAGAAUCGCGAAUAAAAUAUGAAUAUAAUAUUAAUACGAUAAGUUGUACACUAUAUCGUCAUCAUAAAACAAUUCCAACGCGAUGGUCAUUUAUUUUAAUGGAAAUAUUAUUGUCAAUAAUAUAUCUUUUGUUUUAUUUCAUUAUAACUAGUUUAAUUAUUGAAGAAAAUAAUAAAAAGAUAAAAGAAAUUCUCAAAUUAAUUUAUAUUCAACCAAUAAUGAACUAUUUAUCAUACGCAUUUAUUUAUUUUAUUCAAUUAUCAUUUACAACAUUUUCUAUAAUAGGUGAAUAUGGAAUAGGUUUAACAUGGAAAUAUCCCUUUUCAUUAAACUAUUGGAAAUCUAUUUUAUUAAAUAAAAUAAUAUCUGAUCAAUCAUUGGAAUCUUUAUCAGAACAAUCUGAAUAUAACCAAUCGAAAAUUAUUGUUCAAGUUGAAUCACUAACAAAAUAUUUUCCUCAAACAAAUCGAACUAUAAUUAAUAAUAUAUCAUUUAAUUUAUAUCAAAAUCAAAUUGCUGCUCUUCUUGGACAUAAUGGAGCUGGUAAAACAACAUUAAUGAAUAUGCUUUGUGGAUUCUAUGAACAAACUGAUGGAACAAUUCAAAUUUGUAAUUAUGAAACAAGAUCUCAUAUUGAUUAUUUACGUCAAUUAAUAUCAUAUUGUCCACAACAUGAUAUUUUAUUUGAUUUGUUAACUGUUCAAGAACAAAUUGAAUUUUAUGCAAUUGCACGAGGUUAUUCGAAUGAAAAAGGAAAUAUUUGUUCAAAUCUUCUCGGACAAGUUAACUUAAUAAACGAUCGAACAAAUUUUUGUAAAAAUUUAUCUGGUGGAAUGAAAAGACGUUUAUCAAUAGCAUGUACAUUUAUUGGAAAUGCAAAAUUUAUAUUACUUGAUGAACCAUCAAGUGGAGUUGAUCCAAUAAAUCGUCGUUAUCUAUGGCAAUGGGUUCGUUCAAUGAAAGAGAAUCGUAGUAUACUAUUUUCGACACAUUUUAUGGAAGAAGCUGAUGCUUUAUCUGAUAAAAUAAUAAUAUUAUCAAAUGGAAAUAUUUGUGCUAAUAAUACAUCAAGAGAAUUAAAACAGCUUUAUGGAACUGGCUAUAAAUUAAUUUUAAAUACAAAUAAUAAGAAUAAUCAUAUUUAUUUAUUAAAUUUCAUUAAAAAUUAUUUAAUUAAUUCAAUUAUUGAAUUUGAAUCAAAUAGUCAAUUAAUUAUUCAAACAAACGAACAAUCAUCAAAAUUAUUCAUUGAUCUUUUAUAUCAAUUAGAAAUUUUUAAAGAAAAUAGUUUUAUUUUAAAUUAUGGUUUAUCUAGUACAAGUUUAGACGAUGUUUUUCUUCGUUUAACAAUCGAUCAAAAUGAAAAAAAUGAUAAAUAUGAAGAAAACGAAGAUUUUAUUGAAGAAGAUUGUUUGGAAAUUUUUAAUAAAAAUUUUCAUGAAAAAAGUUAUGAAUUUUAUCUAAGUCAAUAG